GAUAUGUUCAUAUCACACAUGCGCUUGCUUUAGAUAAUGGUAGCUCCGCCGUCAUAUUGAUUGUUAUCUUUUACAUUCGGUUUGUGGUAGGCCUAGUACUUGGCUAAGUAGAGAGAGAAAAAUCAAAACGUUUUAGUCCGACUUGAAAUUGUAUGAGUUACUUUCUACAAACGAAUUCACCUACGUACGCAGUAAUAUUUAUAGGCUAGCAAAAUGAUCGGCGAUCGGAUUAGACUCAAAAGAAGAUGUGAUACUUGAUAUUAAGGAUAUUUUCGUAAACGGGAAAGAAAUGGCUGGAAGUAUUCACGAGGGCCCUGAAUUUGGGGUCGGGGACUUUGUUUUACUUCACGAUUUAACACUUGAUGCGUUUAUGGAGAAUUUGAAAAUGCGGUACAGUAAAAAUAAAAUCUACACAUACAUUGGGGAGGUGGUGGUGUCCGUGAAUCCAUACAAAACUGUGGACAUUUAUAACCAGACCUAUGUCGAUGAAUACAAAGGGAGAGAAAUCUACGAGAGGCCGCCCCACAUUUUUGCCUUGGCAGACUCUGCGUACAAAACGAUGAAGAGGCAGAGCAAGGACACGUGCAUAGUCAUAUCAGGUGAGUCUGGAGCAGGAAAAACAGAAGCUUCCAAAAUCAUAAUGAGGUACAUCGCCGCGGUAACGAAUAUAGGAGGACAGAAGGAGGUGGAGAGUCGCAAUGAAAUCGAGAGAGUCAAGGACGUGUUGGUGAAGUCCAAUGUCAUCCUCGAAGCUUUUGGUAACGCCAAGACGAACAGAAAUGAUAAUUCCAGUCGGUUUGGAAAGUACAUGGACAUCAACUUUGACUUCAAAGGGGACCCUAUCGGGGGGCAUAUCAACAACUACCUGCUGGAGAAGUCCAGGGUGGUUCAUCAACAGCCCGGGGAGAGGAACUUCCACUCGUUCUACCAGCUGCUGUACGGAGCCAAGGAUGACAAGCUGAAAGAGUACAAACUAGUCCGCGAACCCCAAAAGUACUUCUACGUCAAUCAGGGAGGGGACCCAAAGUGUGCCACAGUACAUGACAGAGAUGACUAUCGGUCAGUUAUGAAUGCCCUAAAAGUCAUGGGAUUCUCUUAUGCCCAUGCAGAGGCUUUGUGGAAAAUUGUGGCUGCCAUUCUACAUCUGGGUAACAUGGAGUAUGUUGCCAUUGACGACCAUGACCACGCAGGGGUGUCUGAUGAUUCGUUACUAGGCAACAUUGCCACAUUGCUAUCGGUAACCAAGGAGAACCUGAAGAAAACUCUGUGUUCCCGAGUCAUCGCCGCAGGAGGUCAGGUGGUGGAGAAACAACUGACCUUGUCUGAUGCUAUGUAUGCCAGAGACGCUUUUGCCAAGGCGAUGUAUGACAGGAUGUUCACCUGGAUUGUGGGUAAAAUUAACGAAGCCAUUGAUCCAAAGGCCAGUGGAAUCGCCUAUGUGGGCAAAAAUACAGUGAUCGGUGUUUUGGAUAUCUACGGAUUUGAAAUCUUUGACAACAACAGUUUUGAACAACUUUGUAUCAACUACUGCAAUGAAAAACUCCAGCAGCUAUUUAUAGAACUCGUUCUGAAACAAGAACAAGAGGAAUAUCAGAGGGAGGGCAUAGAAUGGCAGCACAUCGAUUACUUCAACAACAAAAUCAUCGUGGACCUCAUCGAGGCACAACACAAGGGAGUUCUGGCCAUCCUGGAUGAGGCGUGUCUUAGUGUGGGAAAGGUCACAGACGAGAUGUUUUUAACGGCCAUGGCACAGAAGUUAGCGAAGCAUGACCAUUUUACCUGUAGAUCUCUGGACCCUUCGGACAAGACUUUACAGCAUGCUUGUGACUUCCGGAUUAAACACUAUGCAGGGCAGGUGACGUACCAGGUGCCGGGAUUCAUUGAUAAAAACAGAGACACAUUAUUCCAGGAUUUUAAAAGACUCUUAUAUAACAGUGAUGAAGACAUCUUUAAGUUGAUGUGGCCUGAGGGAGCCCAACACAUAACAGAAACCACAAAAAGGCCAAUCACAGCUGGCACCAACUUCAAAAACUCCAUCAUAGCUCUGGUGGACAUCUUAGCCACAAAAGAGCCCCAUUAUGUGCGGUGCAUUAAGCCCAAUGAAAUUAAAUCUCCGAGUGCGUUCAAUGAUGAGCGAGUGAGACAUCAAGUUAUGUACCUGGGUCUGAUGGAAAACGUGCGGGUGAGGAGAGCUGGCUUCGCCUUCAGAAUCAGCUACGUCAGGUUCCUCCAAAGGUAUAAAUGUACCACUGCCUUCACCUGGCCUGUGUUUGAGGGGUCAGACAUCGAUGGAUGUAAGAAAAUCCUGCGGUCCCUGGGCCAUGAAGGAGACGUCAAGUACGGCAAAUCCAAGGUCUUUAUCCGCUCUCCUCAGACGCUCUUCUCCAUCGAGGAGACGCGGUCACGAAAAAUCCCAACUAUUGUGCUGUAUUUACAAAAGAUGUGGAGAGGAGCCAAUGCUCGAAGGAGGGCAAAGAAAAUGAGGGCCAUAUACUUAAUAAUGAACCGCUUCAAGAAAUACAAGAUGAGGCAGUACAUUCUGAAUGUUGUAGAAAAGUUUAGGAAUGUGAAAAAGAUGAAGGACUACGGGAAACAUGUUGAAUGGCCACGCCCCCCUUCUGUACUACAUAGUUUGGUGGAACUGCUGAAGAGAACACAUGGACGAUGGAGAGCAAGAAUGAUUCUGAAAGAUGUUCCCAAAUCUGAAUGGCCAAUAUUGAGGUUAAAGGUUUGUGCUGCAUCAGCCUUAGGAGGUCGAAGGUCAGAUUGGGGCUCACGAAGGAAAUGGGAUGGAAACUAUUUAGCAAUGUCGAAAGACAACAGCAACACAGCAGAUUUUGUCACCAAGAUGAAUUCCCUCAAGUCACAUGAUAGCUUCUCCAAGAUUUUGUUCUCCUGUCAUGUGAAAAAGUUCAACAAAAACAACAAGCCAGCUGAUCGGGCAGUGGCAAUUACAGACAAGUUCAUAUACAAGCUAGAUCCCAAGAAGAAAUACAAACCACUGAAAAAAGGAAUCAGUAUAAACAUGGUGACCGGUCUGUCUGUAAGUCCAGGAUCUGACCAGCUGGUCAUUAUCCACCUGUCUGAUGAAAAUGACCUCGUCCUGUAUCUACAGAAUCUGACCAAGGAGGAGAGAGUGGGAGAAGUUGUGGGGACAAUGUGUAGUCACAUGCAAAGAUUUGGUAAAGAACUGAAAGUAACAGUGGGUAAACCAGUGCACUGCAUGCUGGGAAGCAAAAGACGGACAGUAAUAAUUAGGCCAACUGCUGUGAAUGGGGGAGCUACAUUUAAGAAGGAGGGGGCUGAUAUAGCAUUGCUAUUGCCGGAGUCUUAGGGCGAUAAUUACACAUACUGUAUAGUUAGAGUAAAAGAGUAGUGAACACAGAUAAAGGAUAGAGGAAUUCAUUUACUGUUUGUACAGUAUAUUUCAGAGAGUAGUUUGAUAUUAUCAGGAUCCAAGGGACAUUAUCAAAGGGAAAUGUAAGGGUAGAGAUCAAAUGACCAAUGUCAGAUAAAAAAAAAUUAGGGGGAGAUUUAUUGAUUGUACAUUGUUUAACGUCCCUCUCAAGAAUUUUUCACUCAUAUUGUGGGGUGGGGUUAGGGGACAGGGGUGUUAAAAACUCCAGAAAGUUUUUGUCAUCGGACAUCGAUUUUCAUACACUGAAUAUUAUUAUUUUCAGCAUUUAUCAAAUUAGUUUUUAAGGGGGUGGGGGCUGUUGAUGAAAACUAGGUAAAUUUAGAUUUUUGUCGGACGUUGAACAUAUGAUCUCAUCCCUAAGUAAUAGAGAGAAACCAGAGUUGUACAAGUUUGUAGAAUUGCUUUUAUAUCUGGUGUACUUAUACAUUUACUGUGAAUUAAUUGUUUUUUAUGAGGACUUUAUUUUUGCAAGUUUGCAUUGACAUGAAAACAAGCUACUCUUGCUUGAUUUUGUGUACGUAAAUGUUGAUGAACAAAUUAAAUUUAACCCCUGUCUCACAGAUAUAUCAGCAGGGCAAGAAAUAACGAUUACUGAUAAAGUCGUACGAAAUGUACUAAAUGACUUUGCACUGAACACUAUAUGUGGCAGUGACACCAUUGUGGAAUGAAUUUAUAGUUACGAUUCAGGAGUGUGAUUUUUCCUCUUUUCGGAUGAAAUCCUCCGAUUGGCUCAAUUGUAGAAAAAAUGAAACACUCUAGGUUUCAUCUUAAGUGACAGAAAAUUAUAUUUUUCCAGGUAGGGUGAAGUGUUUUCCUCCCUUUUUGACCAGUUUUCCUCUGAUAUCUGAGGAACUCUGUCACAUCCCAGUAAUAUGAUUACAUUGGGCAUGCUGGUAAAUGUUUUUUCAUUCCCUGUGGUUUGCAUGUAAUGGAAUAAACUGAUUUAGUUAAUUGUAGUGGACUGUGGUACGACGAGACAGGGCUUUCUGUCUCAGGCUCUUUGACAAUACCAAGGUUUGCUGUAGUUGGUCCGACAUUUCAUGUACAGUAUUUACAGAAAUAUGUUUUUAUUAUAUUGGGGAAAUAUUUAAUAUACAGACUUAAUUGAUUGCCAUUUGAUGUCAAUUUGAUCAGUUUUACAUGUAUAAUGAAAUGAAUUGUGCAAUGGGUUUGUUUUGCUAUUUAGUGUUCAGUAGAAAAUGUCGUCAUAAUCACGCUAGAUACAGCAUACAAAAUAAGGAUUGUCAUUAAGUACGGUAAUUGUUCCUGAAUUUGAGAUGAAUGCCUAGAAAUCUAUGAAGUCAUUCAUCAUUAGACGAGUAGGAAAAUCUGUUCCUCGUAUGUUAUACGGACUUAUUUCAUCGUGGAUCAUUUUGUGCCCAAUUUGUAUGUGAACAAUCUUUGAGGAGGGGGGGUGUGUUUUUAAGAAAUAAAAUAUAUAUAAUGAAUUUUAAUAGCAACGUGUUUCAAAUCUCUUUACUCAUUACAGGUAUACUUAAUUUUUCAUGAAUUUUUAAGUCAGGUGAAUGAAAUCCACAAAUUAUGUUUAAUAUUAUAUAUAUAUAUGUCCAUUAAUCAUUAUAAACCAGUGAUUUUUCAUAAUGUUCAUCCCAUUUAAAAGAUUAUUGUUCUUUUUCUGUGGGAUGAAAUCCCACAUAGUCCCAAGGCUUCAAUAUCAUGAAAUGGUAUAAAUCCACCGUUACGGUAUCAAUUUGAUUUACUGUACAGCUGUAGGGCCACAUAGAUUCAUGAAGGGAAAUUCCUAUUGACUUCAUUUAAAAAAAAUGUCUAAUUUUUAAGGUGGAAACUUCAAAUUUUAUGUUAAAACAUACUUCACCAUGAGGUUGCAAAUUCCUCAAAUUGUUAGAAUUAUCCAGGAAGUCCAGUAAAUACACGAAUUAGCUCCUCCCCCUUUCCAUUAUGAUUCCCCAGUAUAUCAUUUGAUGUCCUAACGAGGAUGGGAUUUUUGUUGGAUUUUUUUUGUUUGUAAUUUUUGCUUUACAUAAGUUGUAGCUUGUUGAUGCAUAUUAAAGAUUUAUAUUCUAUUAUUAUACAAUCACAUAUGUCUAUAUUUACAUAUUAACAGCUGAAGCUAUAAUUGUGAAUGCAUUUAUUACUUUGUUGUCAAGUUUAACAUAUUGUUCCUGGGAAGAGCAUCUUUUCCUCUGAUUUCCAUCAUUUGCUGUGAUUAUCAACUCUUGCUGUUAGAGAUCUGUUGUUACUCUGUAGGGGUAUUUGUCACUCUGAUCUGCAGGUAGAUUACAUACACAUGUAGGUGUUAAAUUAUAUAUAAAUCAUAUUGAUCUGCUAUCAAAUAAGAAAUAUGUUUACAGACAACUUCAGAACCUUACCAUUUCUGUGCCUGUAUUUGAUUUGGAUUUUGAGAAGGAUAAAUGUAUUGUCAGCUGUGCUAAUUAAGGAGCAAAAUAGUUUCCCAUGCUUGUAACUGUAGUUUGCAGUUUUUAAAUGUGUUGAGCUGAAAGUUUAUUAAAGAAUGUAAUUUUUUACCUUUCAAGAUUUAGUUUGAGAGAGACCCUUUUUGACACUCUACCAAACAAAUGUAAUGUUAUGAUUAUGCCCAUGUGCUAGACAUUUGCCAAUAUAUACAUGUACAUUGUACAUAUCUGUCCACUCUUGCACUUGCUGCUGUUUAGCUGUUGUUGGUAUCAUAAACAUGGAUGGACCCUGGUGUCCUCAUCUAUUUAAACUUGAUGGAAGAGGGCUAUUGGGUUUCAGUAUUGAGUAAGAAAUGAAUCUGAUGUUACAUAUUCAGUCGUUGAAAAACAGCUGCUUGUUAUUGACUUUGACCCCAGCAUGUUUGUAUUAAGAAGGGUCAUUGAAUCCGGAGUUUUAUUAUUUUUUCUGCAUCUAAUGAAUGCCAUUGUGUUUUGGGUAUUGAUUUAAUCAUUGUAACACUAAACAAAAUGAAUACCAAUAGGUUUUUGUUUAUUUGAUAUACAUAGUGGAUAAGAUUGUUGCACUCGAAGAUCGGACUGAAAGUGAAUGUCACUGAGGUGGGUGUUUGUAUGGCCAGUGUAAUGAAAGUAAUCAGGAUACGUCAUUCACAUGGAUUGCAUCAAUUGUAAGGCGUGUAUCUAGAUUUAUUUAUUUGUGGCAUGGUUCUAUGGUAUGACUUUGUGGACACGCUUCCUCGGUAGUUCUCUCAUACGAGUUGGGGGUACUCCAAGUUGAAGUUAGUAAUUCAUUAAAAUCAUAAUUAAUGAAAGUGCAUUGUGGUGUAAUUAGGUUUCACAUUUGGGAUGUGUAUAUUGCCCAUUUAAGUAUUUUGGAAAAAUAAUCGGGUUUAAUUAUUUUUCUUACUGGUCGCUGUUAUUCAGUGGUAGAGCAUUACUUUGUAACCGGGAGGUCGCGAGUUCAAGCCCCGCUCACACCAUCGACGCGUCAAACCUAAGACGUUAACAUGGGUAGUGAUUGCUCCUUUGCCAAACGCUCGGCAUUUAGAAGUGAGAAUCACGGGUCUUUCGGACGAUACCUAAGAAAUGGAGGUCGCGGUAGGUAUUGACACGUUAAAGAACCCUCACUGCGACGGUCGUAAACGCUAAGCAUAGGUCUAAAUUUGGGGCACUUCACCUACAAUUGAUGACGUCACAAUAUCGGUGAAAAUUAUCACCGGGAGGUAAAACAACCAUUUUCUUCAUUUCACAGUUAUUAAUAGUGGUUAGGAGUUAGGGUAUUCCAUGUAUCAUCACUAAAUAUAGAAUCGUACCAUAAACCAUUUUUAUUUCUGGAAUAUCAACCAUGGAUACAGAUUUGGAAUCCUAUACAGCUUGUCUACAUAUCAUGUACUGUGCCUUUUCUGUAUAUCUAUACAUGUACACGUAUGUUACAGUGUAUUGAGUUAUAUUUUUUGCAUGGAACAUAUUCUUGAACAGAUUUUUUUUUUAAAGAAUGUAUCUUUGAUGCUAUAUGACAAUAAUAAAUGAGUGACUUGA